UUAAACUAAACUGACGAAUACAGAUUACAGAUUUGUUUUUCAAUAAUCUCAAUACCUGAUCAGUGGUUUGAGUUUUCUACAAGAAAAAAAUAUUUUAGUUACAUUUGAUUAGAAAAUCGGUAUACAGACAACUAUUAUGAGUUUACAUAAGGCCAGAAUUAAAGCUUUUGAAGAUGUCCUCAGUACUGAUGAGAUUGACAUUAACAUACUUCAAUCAUUGGCAUUUAAUGGUAUUACAGAAGAAAAAGGCCUUCGUUCUCUGAUAUGGAAGAUAUUUCUUCACUACAUUCCAAAACAGAGAAACAAAUGGGAAGCCACACUUAAAAAACAAAGAUCCCUGUAUAAGGAGUUCAUAGAGGAAAUGAUAGUAUCUCCAGGUGGUCCCACUGAUCAUCCUCUAAGUAUAAGUCCUGAAAGCUCUUGGAGUAAAUAUUUCAAAGAUAAUGAAGUUCUUUUACAAAUUGAUAAAGAUGUAAGAAGAUUAUGUCCAGAGAUAUCCUUUUUUCAAUCCGCUACUGAAUUUCCCUGCUCAGAAGUAGUAAAUAGCAAUGGAUUGAAACGUUUACAUCAACGAGUGGAGCAAAAAGUUUUGAACUAUUCAACACUAGAACAAAGAGGAUUCGGAUUAGUCAAGCUCAACAAUGUUAUUCGUCGUACGGAGAAUCUAAGUGGGGACUAUGUACCAUUGAAGGAGGGAGCUGAAGCUCACUGGGAAGUGGUGGAGAGGAUGCUCUUCCUUUAUGCAAAGCUGAACCCUGGCCAGGGCUACGUCCAAGGCAUGAAUGAAAUAAUUGGACCAAUAUAUCAUACCUUUGCUGUUGAUCCUGAUAUGGAACAAAGAAAGAACGCGGAAGCCGACUGUUUCUUCUGUUUUACAAACCUGAUGGCUGAGAUACGAGAUUUCUUCAUUCGUUCACUUGACGAGACCGAGAGUGGUAUUAAUAAUAUGAUGUUUCGUUUAAGUGAACGAUUAAAAAUUAAUGAUUACGCUGUCUGGGAGAGACUUUCCAAGCAGGAGUUGCGACCGCAGUACUACAGCUUCAGAUGGCUGACACUUCUGCUGUCACAAGAGUUUUCUCUCCCCGAUGUUGAGCGUAUAUGGGAUUCCUUAUUCGCGGACAGCACUAGGUUCGAUUUCCUGAUAAGUGUCUGCUGCGCCAUGAUUCUGUUAGUGAGGGACGACUUAAUGACCGGAGAUUUUGCGUCUAACGUGAAGUUACUGCAACAUUUUCCACCCAUGGAUGUAUCUCUUAUUGUUACUAAAGCGAGAACAAUACGUUUGUAGAACAAAUGUGCCCCAAUUUUUUUUUAAUAUUUAAAUUUUCUAUUAUUUUAGUUCUUACAUGCCUUUAUAUAGUAUCUAAAACCUGGAGAAAUCGUGUUUCCCAUGAUUGAUAAGCUUUCAUAGUAAUCCGGAUUAUUAUAGGAAAAAAUUAACAUCUACAGCUGACUGUCUUAAAAUUUAUCACAAAAUAAUUUACUGUUAAUAUUGUCCAAUUUCUAUAUAGUUCGGGUAUAUUUAUAAAUUUUAUCAUAAUAUAUCUAAAACAUUUAAUUUCGCAAUAAUUACAUUACUAUGUUUUUUAUAUUGAAAACUUCAAAUAAGUAAUGAAUCUUUAAUAAUAGUAAUUUCCAGUAGCAUAAAAGGCCUAGUGCCGAUUCCAAUUUAAACUCAACAAUAAAUUAUAAGGCGAAUUGUUCAGAAAUCGACUGAUAUUUUUUACUAAAAUAUUCCUUAGUACAUAAUUAGGUGUAAUUUUUUUAUUGUAAGUACAAAACGUACGUAUCAACCGAAUCUCUUCUUGAUUAUUUUGAUUCAAUAUUACAAACAGGUAUAGGUUUAGUUAAAUGCCAUACACAUUAUAUAAAUGACAUAUUGUAAAUAUUAUAUGUAACUUUUAAUCAUAUCAUUAAUAAAUUUCGUCAAACGAUAUGAAUAUUAUGAGUAUUUCGUCAGAGCUUUUAAUACGUCAAACUCGUUGUAGCCAUAAGAUAAAUAUCAUUCGGUGUCGUUAUUUUUUAUUUUACAAAUUGUUGAAUUUUUAUACUAAGUCUCAAAUUUUUAAAAUUACAUAUAACCAAUAUUAACGUUUAUUAAAAUAUUAAUAAUGUUUACGAUAUUGUUUAAAUAGAGUAAGAUUGUAUCGAAUUUAAAGCCCCUUUUACAAAAAAAUGUUAAAUGUAUGUAGGUAAAGGCAUUUCAGCGAAUCUAAUAUAUUUUUAAUUUAAUUAGUUCCUUUUGCCUAGACCUAAUACUGUUAAGCAACUAACAUGAAUUUAAAUGUAAUUAUGUUGACAAUAAAAAUGGCAAAUAAUGUUUAUAAUUUAAUUACACUGCUAAGUUAAACAGUGUAAAGUUUAUUUUACUAUUUGAUAAUUAGAUUUAAAUGCAAAUGUCUUCAUAAAGGUCGCGUUUUGGAACUUAUAUAUCUAUCGUAUAUAAAUGUAGAAUAUUAUUCAAUUGUAUACUAAACAUUUGUAAGAAAAUAGCUGAGGUGUUCAUUCAUAUAAAUUAUUAUCUUUAAAAAUGACCUUGGUUUGCUGGUGUUAUUUUCAUUGCAUGUGUAUUGAACAACCCAGUACAUUUCUAUUUUAGAAAUGUUUGCAAUAAAUUUUAAAGUAAAAAAAAUUGCUUUCAUUGCAAUAAAACAAGAAAACGGCUUUAAAGAUUUAAUAUAAAUAAAAAUUAAAACCAAUUUGUACAUAUUCAUCGAUUGACAAUAGAAA